AUUUUUCAUUGAGAAGACUACUACAUCAGUGUUUUUUUUCUGGUGAAGAAUGUCUGUAUCUCUGGGCCCUUCUACACAUCAUUUCAACACAAGAGGAAGUGUGUAAAAAGGGGGGAAGGUGGCUAAACAAUAUCUUACCAAAGUGUAGGAGGAAUCAGAAGGAAUUGGAUUAAGGGCUGGAAAACACGUGUUUAAAAGGUGCCCUUUAAAACUGAUUCUUCCUAAGAAACACACAGCUUUCCAUGCCUGUGAAUCCCAGCAGUGAUGGAAAACACAUGCUUUCUUUCCCUUCCUCUGUAUGGAUUCCUCCAAAGCACAUGCAUUUCUGAAAAACCCAAAACACCUGAGCAGCUGAUGGACUGUUAAACAGAGACACAGGUUGCUCAGGGAAGCCCAGAUGGAAAGCAAAUACAUCUCUCUCAGAUUUUGUCUAUUAUACUUUGUAAUGUUAAGCAGAGCUUGAAUUAACAACUGGAGGAAGACAAAGAGGAUCCAAUGAUAGCUGGACAAGUCAGUAAGCCCUUGCUGUCACUGCGGAGUGAAAUGAAUGCAGAGUUGAGAGGUGAGGACAAGGCAGCUGCUUCAGACAACGAGCUGAAUGAGCCCCUGCUUGUGCCUGUGGAAUCAAAUGACAACGAGGACACUCCCAGCAAGCUCUUCGGAGCCAGAGGAAAAGCAGCGCUGUCUGAUGCGAGCACAUCUGACCAGCACCAACCCAGUCAAUCCCAUCCAGCGUUCGCUGUUGGGCCCCAGCCACUACUGACGGCUCAGCAGUUAGCCUCAGCUGUAGCCGGGGUAAUGCCGGGAGGCACGCCAGCCCUGAAUCAGCCUAUCCUUAUCCCUUUCAACAUGGCUGGACAACUGGGUGGUCAGCAAGGAUUGGUCCUGACUUUGCCGACUGCUAAUCUCACCAACAUCCAAGGGCUGGUAGCAGCAGCUGCAGCGGGAGGCAUUAUGACUUUGCCAUUGCAAAAUUUACAAGCUACCUCAUCCCUGAAUUCCCAGCUUCAGCAACUUCAGCAUCUUCAACAACUCCAGCACCACCAACAGCAGCAGCAGCAGCAACAACAACAGCAACAGGGCCAAACUAACCAGCCACUGCAGGGACAAACCAGCCAGCCCCAACAUCAAGCUCAGCCACAGCCACAACAGCCUCAACCACCCCCGCCACCGCCACCACUACAGCAGCCUCCACCACAACCACCACAAUCGCAGUCUCAGAGUCAGAACCAAGCAUCACCGGCUCAGCAAUCUUCGGGCUCCCCUCAGAAGCCCAGCCAGUCACCAGGACACAGCCUUCCCUCACCUCUCACGUCACCAAACCCGCUCCAGCUGGUUAGUAAUCCUCUAGCAAGUCAAGCGGCGGCGGCGGCAGCAGCAGCAGCCGCCAUGGGCUCAAUAGCAAGCUCACAGGCCUUUGGCAAUGCACUCUCCGGUCUUCAGGGGGUCACAGGUCAACUAGUCACUAAUGCACAAGGACAGAUUAUUGGAACGAUUCCAUUGAUGCCUAAUCCAGUCCCAUCCAAUCAGGCAGCAGGAGGAGCUCAGGGCCUUCAAGUGCAGCCAAUCACGCCACAGUUAUUGACCAAUGCCCAGGGGCAAAUCAUUGCAACUGUCAUUGGAAACCAAAUUUUGCCAGUGAUCAACACCCAGGGAAUCACACUGUCACCACUUAAACCAGGCCAGCAGCUCCAUCAGCCAUCUCAGACACAAAUGGGACAAGCAGCAUCACAGUCCAAUCUUCUACAUUUGGCUCACAGUCAGGCAUCUCUGUCUCAAAGCCCUGUGCGUCAAGCUUCUUCCUCUUCCUCCUCCUCCUCCUCAUCUUCAGCUCUGAGUGUUGGCCAGUUAGUUAGCAAUCCCCAGACGGCCUCGAGUGAGGUGGAUGGGGUGAACCUUGAGGAAAUCCGAGAAUUUGCCAAAGCUUUUAAAAUCCGACGCCUGUCCCUUGGUCUUACCCAGACACAAGUUGGUCAAGCUCUAAGUGCCACAGAAGGUCCAGCCUACAGUCAAUCUGCCAUCUGCAGACACACCAUCCUGAGAAGCCACUUUUUCCUACCACAGGAAGCCCAAGAGAACACUAUAGCUAGCAGUCUGACAGCCAAACUGAACCCUGGCCUUUUGUAUCCUGCCAGGUUUGAAAAGCUGGACAUCACCCCUAAAAGUGCCCAGAAGAUCAAGCCGGUGCUUGAACGGUGGAUGGCUGAGGCUGAGGCCCGCCAUCGAGCAGGUAUGCAGAACCUGACCGAAUUUAUUGGGAGUGAACCGUCCAAAAAGCGCAAGAGGCGCACCUCGUUCACACCGCAAGCCCUUGAAAUCUUGAAUGCCCACUUUGAGAAGAACACACAUCCCUCUGGGCAGGAAAUGACAGAAAUCGCAGAGAAACUGAACUAUGACCGGGAAGUAGUUAGAGUCUGGUUCUGCAAUAAGAGGCAAGCACUGAAGAACACAAUUAAACGCCUAAAACAGCACGAGCCGGCAACGGCAGUCCCCAUGGAGCCCUUAACAGACUCUCUGGAAGAAAACUCCUAAUUGGAAAACUCCUUAAGGAAAGAACACACAAAAUGAACACAAUUUAAACAUUUGAACUCUGUAAAGACGCUCGUUCACCACCCUUGUAAGUAAAAGACUGAGACAGUGGCACGAUGGACAGAACAAUUUAUAAAUGUCUGUGCAGUUUCCUAGAUAAAAACAACCAGAAAAAAAUUACAAAAAAAAUUACACAGCACUUAGUGUGUGUGUGCGUGUGGUAGAACUAGUUCCAAAAUAAACCAGUUUUUUUUAAUGGACCUAAAAGUAAACCAAAUAACUGCUUACUUUUUUCCUGUAUAUUAUGAAAAUGUGGACAUGUUUUAUGAAAAUGAACCCAACAACAACAAUGACAACCACAACAAAACCUUUAACUGUUUUUACAAGAGAGAGAGAGAGAGAUUGAAAGAGAAAGAGAGAGAGAAAGUACAAGCCUGCCACCUGGAGGAGUGAUUGUAGCCUUUCAGGUAUCAAGUGCUUCUUCAUUACGAAAACUAUUAACCAAAGUCAGAAACAUGGUGUUGCAAACCCGAUUGUUAGUCUACUCUUUUAUGAGUAAUACCUUGUGUUAUGAAUUUUUACAUUUGUACUUUGCCAAGAGAAUAAUAAUGACAAUAAUAAUAAUACAGGACUCUCUUUUCCCUCUGCAUCCUCUCUCACAUGCCCAGCACGUGAGUAAACUAACUAGACUUGGCUUGAGCUGCAGUGUUCAACCAUUUCGUUUGUCAUAGACAGUUUUGUGAUCUCCAGAUUUUCGUGUGCCAAAAUGACUGUCUCUCCAAACUAUGGAUUUUGAUGUUUAUUUGCCAUUUUAAAACUUUAUUUAUGUGCUGUUUGAUUGACACUUUAUUUUGUCUGCUUUCUCUGUCACAAUGGCAUUUAUAUUUUCUUUAAAAGAAAGCUGAACUUGUUUUGAUGUCGAAGUUGUAAGAAUCACACUAUAAGGACGUAUUAAGUAACUUGAAUCUUUACUUAUCAUAGACAGCUCGUGACUUUCUCUUUCCUUUGGCCACGAACUGGGAGAGGUUACCAAAGCAACUUUUUUGUAAUAUAAAUAUAAACUGCACACUUGGUCCAAUAUACAGCAUCAGUCUUUCAUGGUUUUGUCUACGUGAAGCAAUUUCUCUCCAAAGUCUGAUAGCCAAAGAAAAUCCUUGGGAUUCGAAUGGAAAGCAAACUGAAGGCAAAAGGACACAAGUGAUGAGGACAUUCCUUCCCAAGUUACUACAUCUCUAGUCCUACUUUUGUUGGUGUUGCUUUUGGCCUUUUUAAUAUAUUUAUUUUAUUUAUUUUUCCCCUGCCCACUCCCUUCUGGUAAUUUCUACUUUCAGGAAUUUGGAAAGCUACUGAUGGGAUUGCAUUGAUGUCAUAAUUGGUUUAAGAAUAUGUGACUAACAGAUUUACCUAAUUUUAGAACUCAGAUUAAAAAAAACAGUGAUCACAUGGACAACAGAAAAAGCAUGGAAGUUGCAGAAACAACUGAAACUAGAACCACAGUGCAUACAAACUUCAAUAACUUUAGAGAAGGCACAGGCAAGAAUAGUUGGUUCAACACAAUUAGAUAACCAUGUUUCAGAUUUUCUUUUCUUUUUCCAUUCAUGCUUUUUAUCUGUUUUGUUUCGGUUGACUUUGGAGUUUUGCUUACUUUAGGAGUAAAACAAUCGGAAUGGCUGUUCCUGCUAUUGAUAUAUAAUGUAUGGGAUAGCCGUACAGCUUGUAGAUUAAGGCCCCUUCCACACAGCUGAAUAAAAUCCCACAUUAUCUGCUUUGAACUGGAGUGUAUGGCCGUGUGGACUCAGAUAACCCAGUUCAAAGCAGAUAUUGUGGGUUAUUCUGCCUUGAUAUUCUGGGUUAUAUGGCUAUGUGGAAGAAUCCUGAUGCUGGGAGUCAGUUUUUACAUCUUGGUGUUCUCUUCAGGUAAAGAAAUGAAUAAGAUGUGCCUAUUUGCAGUCCAAAUUGUUCCCUAGUUUCAUACAUACUCCAGUUGACAAGCAAUAUGAAAUUUCCAGAUCUCCCAAGACUGGAAGGACAUGAUCAUCUGAUCCUGCAUGGUCAAAAGAACCAUACCUUCUGCUUUUUGCAUGUCAAACUCAUUUUUCCCAAGCCAUAGUUCCAGUGAUCACUUCAAGCAAUGAACAAAAGGGGUGUGACAUGGUUUGGGAAAAUCUGUAGCAAAUUUAGAUGUGGAUAUACAUGCCCAUAGCUCUGGCCCAGUUCAGAUUUUCAAUAGAUAGCUACAAUUCUUAUUGCAGAUUUUUUUUUAAAAAAAAGAAAAAAUCUCUUCCUAACUCCUGUACCAAAUUACAAACAUGCAAUUCAUUUGCUGAUUAUAUAAUAAACCCGCAAUUUAAGGAAACAUUGAAACGACAAGGAGAUUAUACACAAACCAAUAUGGCAAUGGUUUAAAAACUAUUUUUAUUUUAAACUUCCAGUUUCUAAGUCAUCUAUUUUCAAUUCUCAGCCAGCAAGGAAACCUAAACACCAUCCUUGAAAGCAAACUCUCCCAAGUAUUUUUAUGUUUACAAAUCUAGAUCUUAGAUUCAUGAAACUACAGUAGAGUCUCACUUAUCCAACAUAAACGGGCUGGCAGAACAUUGGAUAAGCGAAUAUGUUGGAUAAUAAGGAGGCAUUAAGGAAAAGCCUAUUAAAAAUCAAAUUAGGUUAUGAUUUUACAAAUUAAGCACCAAAACAUCAUGUUAUAGAACAAUGUUGAUAGAAAAAGUAGUUCAAUACGCAGUAAUCUAUGUAGUAAUUACUGUAUUUACAAAUUUAGCACCAAAAUAUCAUGAUAUAUUGAAAACACUGACUACAAAAAUGCAUUGGAUAAUCCAGAAUGUUGGAUAUGUGAGACUCUACUGUAUUAUGAAACCUGCAAACAGAGUAAACAAAACAAGAAUAUUCCAGGAAGGAGCAUGAACCAAAGACCAUAAGAAGUAUCUAAGAUAAUUUUAAAUGAUUACAGCAGUAGUUAAAUAAAAAGUAUUCCCCUUCUGAACUUCACAUUGAAAUGUUAUAACUGGGAUGAGUGUUUAUGUGAAGUGAAAUAAACUGCCAGCAUGUUACAAAUAUAUUGUUGCAUUCCUGAAACCAUUUCUAUGCCAGAGUAGUCUUUACUUAAAAAUAGUUUUCUAGUUGCGCAUUGUUUUAUAGCUGAUUUAUAGACAGAUAUGUGUUUUAUCCCCUUUUUUUAAACAUUUGUUUUUGCUAUGAGGUGUAAAAGAGUACCUGGCUAAAUUCUACAUGUGUAUCAUUCCUUACCCCAUUUCACACAAUGGCCAGAAUCCUGUGGGAGACUUAAUAUUUGUAAGUGGACUUAUAUAGGCAGGAAUUAGAAUUAUACAACUGUGUAUUUUCAAAUCCAGAAGAGAAAUGUUGUCACGUUACAAUAUGGCAGAGCCAAUAAUGCACAUUGGUCCAGUUGCCCAAUGGAAAACCAGACCAAUGUGCAUUGCAUUUUAUGUGCAUCCCAUUGGUUCUGAUGCAUAUUACGCACCAAUGCACAUUAGACACUCUUGGUAGUAUCUUAUCGUGAUCUUUGCAAUUAGGUAAACAUCCGUUUUCUUAGGACCUUUACUAUAUAACUAGGUGCACGUUAAGUUACAUGACAUUACAGGUCAUAUAGGAUUUUGGCAAAUAUUUAUAGUAGAGCACAACCCUUAUAUCUGUGGGGGGAUACGUUCCAAGACCUCCUGUGGAUAACUGAAACCACAGAUAAUAGAAAAUCCUAUAUUGUGGCUAUUCCUGGACCAGAACUAUACUAUAGAAUCUUACUGGAGGACCUGGGGGGCUCAUAAACAUCCAAUGCAGAAUAUUUUUAGAGCAUGGAUCAUUAGAUCCAUGGAUAUUGACUCUGUGGUUAACUGUACCAUUUUAAAUAGGAGUCCCAUACACACAUCUAUAGUAAUUCCACACACAUAUUGAGAGUCUGCCAGUUUUCUUUUCCAUACAUCCUCUCAUGCAUUUGAAGCCAGUUUUCUAGAGGGCAAGAGGAACUACAGCAAGAAAGUGUUUAUUGGAAGACCAUGACUUCCAAGAGCACGCUUUUUGAAAUUACAUUUACUGCAGUAAGAGGAGACACCACCAUUUAUAUUUCCAGGUAGGGAAAAGAGAGAUCUCUAUCCAAAAAAGUGGCCAAAAAAACCCUUUCACUUCUACAGUGGCAGCUAUUUUCACAAGUACAGUAGAGUCUCACUUAUCCAAGCUAAACGGGCCGGCAGAACGUUGGAUAAGCGAAUAUCUUGGAUAAUUAAGGAAAAACCUAUUAAACAUCAAAUUAGGUUAUGAUUUUACAAAUUAAGCACCCAAACAUCAUGUUAUACAA